AAAUACCAUUUUGACAGCACACUCGCUUAGCUUUUAUUUUCGCCAUUGUCUUCGAGUGUCGUCUCUUACACUCUCACUCAGCCUCGCUUUAGUCGCUCUUCGCACUUUAUCGCCGCCGGUGCUGUCGAUCGUUGCUUCGCCACCUCCGCCUCCUAUUACCUACACAUCGGGAUUUAAUGAUUAGUAGUUUAGUUUACAAUGAAGAUCAUAAGAUGAAGAUGAAAAAACAUUGUAGACUUUGGUGGCCAAGGCAGCUCUUAUCAAACCAAGAAUCCUCCUCAAGUAUUUUAUUGGGGUGGUUUGUCACCUGCUCACCGUCAUCCCUUGACAUUGUUGUAGCCUUUACUUGUCGUGAGGUUUUGCUUUCUAGUUCUACUCCUGCAAUUGAGGGGAUCAUUCAUGACAUACAUGGGAGCAUGCCCGCAAUUCUUCAGGAUAGGUCUGUGUUCUCUGUACUUGGUCUGUGUGUCUCUGACAGUACUAGCAAUAGUUUGACAGCUGAAGCAAAUGCUGAUAAAAAAAAGUUCUCUGAUUGUGGCAAUGCAUGGGCAGAGGGAAGUACAAGUGUACACAGAAAUAAUAACUGUAGGAGUUGCAGUUUCCUCCAAUUAGAUGGAUCAUUGACGAAAAGUACCCAAUCUUUUAUUGGAAAAAGUAAUUGGGUCGUGCUGAUGUUUGAUUCUUCUGAACAGAAUGAUGUAGGAAUUUACAGGCUUCCUAAAUUGCACCACAUUCAUUGCAAUGGACUAACUCUGUCAGAAUAUGAUGUUCACGUAAUAGUUUAUGAAACACCUUCUUAUGGUGCUCAUCAUUUCUCGUUGUGUCAUUUUGGUUCAAAUGAGCAAGCGAAAGGUCCCAUUAAGAAUCCUAAGUGGGUUGAUGGGCUUCAUAAAAAGCAUAAAUUCACUGAUUUGGAUACAGUUAUUCUGGCAAUUAAUUGCACAUCUGCUGCUAAAAGAAUAUUUGACAGACAUGUGGUCCCAAGAAGAUCCUUGGGCCAACUAUCCCUAUUUCCAAUGUUUUUUGUUCUCAUAGGACAUCUGUUUUGCAAGUUUUUGGCUUCGUUCUCCACCAUGUUCUAUAUUGUUCUUCAGUUUUUCCAAUCACAUUUUAGUCAUGAAUCAGAAUCAUGGUUGUACGCGACAUCAGAAAAUGUAUUCAAGAAGACGGCAUGGAUAAAUAUCCGAAUCCGUUGUUGUCAGAUAUUGUAUUGGCCAAUUCUUCUUCAGGAGAAUGACCUUAGGUCUCAAACAUGUGUUCAAUAUGCAGAGAAAGCUGCAAUGCAUAGACAUUCUAUGUGGUCAUCUUUGGCCGUUGAUAUUCUCCUAGGAAACUUGGUUGGCUGGUCACUGUUAUAUCAUGAAGAAUCAAUUUGCUUGUCGGGUUUGAACUUUAUCCAUUGGUUUGCCACUUUUUUGCGCUCCGGGUGUGUUUGGUUAAUGGGAAACCCCGCGGGCUUCAAAUUGAAUGCUGAACUGGCAGGUGUACUUGGUUUACUUUCUUUGAAUGCAAUCCAAGUAUGGUCAACACUCUGGAUCUUUGUGUGUUUCAUCUUCAAAUAUUUUAUUCGAGGCCUUUCUAUAUUAGGAAUUCUUUGUGGAUUUACUAUACCCGCUUCUUUGAUCAUAGACAUGAUUGUGUUGGGAACCUUACAUGUUUCAACUCUUCAUUGGUUUAUUUCACUUAUAUAUUCAUCACAAAUACAGGCACUAGCAGCUUUGUGGCGACUUUUUAGGGGUCGGAAGUGGAAUCCUCUUCGCCAGAGGUUGGAUAGCUUUGACUACACUGUGAAGCAACAUAUUGUUGGAUCACUUCUAUUUACACCACUUUUACUUCUGUUACCAACUACUUCCGUUUUCUACAUAUUCUUUAGUAUUGUUGACACGACCAUUAGUCUCAUCUGCAUACUUAUUGAAAUUGCUAUUUCGGUAAUUCAUGCUACUCCUUAUAUCAAGAUAUUUCUUUGGUUGAUGAGACCUGGAAGAUUCCCUUGUGGAAUAUGGCUUGAAAUUUUUGGUUGUCAGAGUAAUCAUACCGCUUCUACAAAUCAGGAUUUUACUGAUGAAAUAAACUCAUCUAAGGAAUCAUUGCAUCUAAAGGAUUUCAAUAGAGAAAAAUCUAGUACAUUGGUUUCAAUUCUCCACAGCAAUUAUUUGAGCAUAGGAGAAGUUAUCUCGCCUCACUUCAGAAAUGCAUUUUUGGGAGUUUCUGGGUCAUCCAUCUCCACAGUAGCUUAUGGAAUUCUCAUUGGGCAAAGAAUGCCAUAUAUGCAUGGAACUCUUCUUCCUUCACCAAUGCCAUGGAUGUCCCUGCCCUACAAAGAGUAUUGGCGCCUCUGUCAUGAUUCAGUUAUUGCCUGCUUCAGAUCAUAGUGGCUUUAGAUCGGAUUUUUUUGGUUGUGUACAAUCAGGCAUUACUUCUGGGAGUUAUUUCCACAGAUUUCAUCCAACUUGCCUUUUUCUCAUGUUGAUUGAUGGAUUUUACUCUUUUAGAGAAAUAGUGGCUUUUACUUUUUUCAACGGGGUAAUAUUGAGAAUUCUUCAUCAUAGGAGUGGCUUAUUUUUUAUCCAGGGGGUUUUGCCCCAUACUGAGAAUGAUGUCUCCUCCAUAAAAGUAGCAUUUUUAUUCUACUAGAAAAAAGUAGCAUUUUUUUUUGUAAAUGUAUUAACGAACUCUCAUGCUGCUUGAGCAUAUUAGUGAUACUCUAUUCAUUGAUUUUUUGAUCGA